GGCUUGGUAAUGUUGACCAAGGUGCUGGUGGUGGACAUGAUGUUGGACAUGAUGUUGGUGGACAUGUUGGUGGACAUGAUGUUGGACAUGAUGUUGGUGGUGGACAUGAUGUUGGGGGAUA